UCCUAAUUUGGAGCAAAUUAAAAUUAAAUUAAUUCAAAGCUAUCGUAUCUAAAAUGGCUCCGACUAUAACACUACCUUUCUGGGCCCAAUCGAAACCUCCCGUCGGUGAAAUCUCCGGCGUACCGGAGGCGGAGGUGCUUAGAAAGAGAAACGAAGAGCUGGAGAAGGAAUUGAAGAAGAGCGUAGAGAGAGAAGAGAAAAUGAAAGAGGAGUUGCAAAAAACAUGGAGGAGGCUGAAGGUGGCGGAAGAGGCGGAGGAACGCCUUUGUUUUCAGCUAGGUGAAUUUGAGGCGGAAGCUGUAGAUCAAGCUAGGGCUUAUAGAGCCCGUGUUAUUAAUUUAACGGAACAACUUUCAGCCGCACAAAAACUUCUUCAAUCACCAUCUGCUUCUUAG